CAGACAUUUCCACUGGGCCUGGGAGAUGGGCAAUUCUAUGCAUGGACAGAUGGUUUGAGAAGAAAAGACUGGCAUGACUAUGAAAGCAUUCAGAAAGAGGCUAUGCGCUCAGGGAAGGGUGAGCAUGGGAAACCUUACCCCCUCACUGAAGAUGACCACGAUGACUCAGCUUACAGGGAAAAUGGUUUCAAUAUUUUUGUCAGCAACAAUAUCGCUCUGGAGAGGUCUCUGCCCGACAUCCUGCAUGCUAAUUGUAAGCACAAGCUGUACCUGGAAAUACUGCCAAACACCAGCAUCAUUAUCCCAUUUCAUAAUGAAGGUUGGACUUCACUCCUGCGUACCAUACACAGUAUAAUUAACCGAACCCCGGAGAGUCUGAUAGCAGAAAUCAUUCUAGUAGAUGACUUCAGUGAUAGAGAACACUUGAAGGAGAAGUUAGAGGAGUACAUGGCCAGGUUUUCCAAAGUGAGGAUCGUUCGCACCAAGAAAAGGGAAGGGCUCAUCCGGACCCGCCUCUUGGGGGCAUCCAUGGCCAGAGGAGAAGUCCUGACCUUCCUGGACUCCCACUGCGAGGUCAACGUGAACUGGCUGCCCCCGCUCCUGAACCAAAUUGCACUAAACCACAAAACCAUCGUGUGCCCCAUGAUCGAUGUCAUUGACCACAAUCACUUUGGGUAUGAGGCACAAGCUGGGGAUGCCAUGCGAGGCGCCUUCGACUGGGAAAUGUACUACAAAAGAAUCCCCAUCCCUCCAGAGCUCCAGAGGGCAGAUCCCAGCGACCCUUUUGAGUCUCCUGUGAUGGCUGGAGGUCUCUUUGCUGUGAAUCGCAAAUGGUUUUGGGAGUUAGGUGGCUAUGAUCCAGGUUUAGAAAUCUGGGGAGGAGAACAGUAUGAAAUCUCUUUUAAGGUUUGGAUGUGUGGAGGAGAAAUGUUCGAUGUUCCAUGUUCUAGAGUUGGUCAUAUCUACAGGAAGUACGUCCCUUAUAAAGUUCCAUCUGGGACCAGCCUGGCAAGAAACCUGAAGCGGGUGGCGGAGACCUGGAUGGACGAAUUUGCCGAGUACAUUUACCAGCGCCGCCCGGAGUACAGGCACCUCUCCACGGGGGACAUCUCCGCCCAGAAGGAGUUGCGCAAACAGCUCAAGUGCAAGGACUUCAAGUGGUUCAUGGCGGCUGUGGCCUGGGAUGUGCCGAAGUACUACCCUCCCGUGGAGCCCCCACCUGCUGCCUGGGGAGAGAUUCGAAACGUGGCAGCCAAUCUCUGUGUGGACAGCAAGCAUGGAGCCACGGGAACCGAGCUCAGGCUGGACAUCUGUGUCAAGGAUGGCUCUGAAAGGACAUGGUCUCAUGAGCAGCUCUUUACUUUUGGAUGGAGGGAAGACAUUCGACCUGGUGAGCCGCUGCACACCCGAAAGUUCUGCUUCGACGCGAUCUCGCACAGCAGCCCGGUCACUCUCUAUGACUGUCACGGCAUGAAGGGGAACCAGCUCUGGGGCUACCGGAAGGACAGAACGUUAUUCCAUCCUGUGAGCAACAGCUGCAUGGAUUGCAACCCCGCAGAGAAGAAGAUUUUCAUGGCCAGAUGUGACCCCCUGUCUGAGACUCAGCAGUGGAUUUUUGAACAUAUUAAUAUGACUGUUUUAGAAAAAUUUAACCACCAUGCCAGCUCCUAGAAGGGAAGAAGAAGGAGUGAUGACCUCCAGAUUCUAAAAAAAAAACUAAAAUUUCUCCAGCACCGGGGUGGAAGGCAUCGGGAAUACCAUUUCCUCGAUCUAGGAAGCCUGGUUUAAAGGCCCGUCAAUGCCACGUCAAAGUAGGUUGUCCUGGAGAACUUCCUGCAUCUGAAGAACUUGGCGGAGAACCUCACCAGCUGCUUCUGAGAACUUGAGACUAGCAGUUCCCUUGCUGGCCAAGGGGGAAGAUUAUUUAGGGAUGUUUCAAAACAACUGCUGAGUUAAUAAAUCCUAGCAUUUCUCAGGUCAAAUCCUGCAGUAGUGAGUAGCUAUGAAUGGAUCCUAUCAUUCGGGUGGGAGGGGGGUGGAAAUGGAGUGCAUGACUGCUCUGACAACCUGAAGAGCCCGCAGGUGUAGAACUAGCCACGCUGAACGGGUGAGCUGGACUCUUUGGUGCCAUUCUCUGACUAAGAAUGGGUUAAGCAGGUUUAACCCUUAAAAGUGCUGCAGCUGAUUUUAGAGUGCUCAUACCAUUCUGUUUUCUCGUUGUUGUUUUUUAAAUGAAGGUGUGCUCUGUAAUGUAAGACUUAAAUUACAUCAUGAAACGGACUGCCAGUGUUUCCAUUCUUGCACCGGCCAUUUUCCUUUUCGGGCAGAAGUAACUUAUUUUUCCUAAAAGUUCAUGCUCCAUCCGUCAGCUGAAGUUCGAAUUCAGUGCCCCUGUAUGAAUCCACUUUAAAAACAAAAUCAGAACACUAUGCUACCCGGUUACUCCAAAGAGAAUGAUUUCACAGAAGCAGCAAAACUAUGUAAGGUUUAGGAAAGGGAUUUCCUUAGGAAAUCGAUUUUUACUUUUCUAUUCUUUUUAGAAUUCUAGAAGUCUGAUGUUUGUCCAGUCACAAUUUUUAUUAAGGAAGGGAAUGGAGUGAGGUUGAUGUAAUUUGUUUAAGGAGAUUCUUAAACCCAAAUAAAUCUACACUCCAAGUGCCGUGUGAAAAUGUCUCCAUUCACUUCAAUUCUGUUUGGUCAGUCCUCGGGACAUAGUUUUGUUUGUUUGGUUUUAGAUAUUUUUUGUUUUAUGUCACUGAUAUUAAUGAUGUUUUUGUUUUACUUGGACGUGCACCGAAGGAAUUUCCAUGAAUAAAGUGCUUCUGACACUGUUUUCUGUAAAUGGGACAAUAUUUCAGGGGUGAAGAAAGGAAUGAUUAAAAAGCUAAAUGGA